CGCGGGCGGCGAUGAGCGACAUCGUGGAGAAGACGCUGACGGCGCUGCCGGGACUGUUCCUGCAGACCCAGCCCGCCGGCGGGGCGGCGGCCGCCAAGACGUCCUUUUCCUCGCGUUUGGGCAGCCUCGUCCGCGGCAUCACGCUCACCUCCAAGCACGAGGAAGAGAAAUUAAUCCAGCAGGAAUUGAGUAAUCUGAAAGCCAUGGUUUCUGCUCCUUCUACAACGCUGAAAAUGAUGAAGGAAUGCAUGGUGAGACUUAUAUAUUGUGAAAUGCUUGGAUAUGAUGCUUCUUUUGGCUAUAUACAUGCAAUCAAGUUGGCACAACAAGGAAAUCUUUUAGAAAAAAGAGUGGGUUAUUUGGCUAUUUCUUUAUUUCUACAUGAAAGUCAUGAACUGCUGCUGCUCCUUGUGAAUACAGUUGUAAAGGACUUGCAGAGCACUAAUCUGGUAGAAGUAUGUAUGGCACUUACGAUCGUCAGCCAAAUUUUCCCUCAAGAAAUGAUUCCUGCUGUUCUUCCAUUAAUAGAAGAUAAGCUUCAGCAUUCUAAGGAGAUUAUACGAAGAAAGGCUGUCUUGGCAUUAUACAAAUUCCUGCUUAUUGCUCCUAAUCAAGUACAGCAUAUCCACAUUAAGUUUCGGAAAGCACUUUGUGACAGAGACGUUGGGGUCAUGGCUGCUUCCUUGCACAUAUACCUUCGGAUAAUUAAGGAGAACUCAUCUGGAUAUAAAGACUUGACUGGGAGUUUUGUAACAAUUUUGAAGCAAGUAGUUGGAGGCAAGCUCCCAGUAGAUUUCAAUUACCACUGUGUGCCAGCACCAUGGUUACAAAUUCAGCUCUUGAGAAUACUAGGACUUCUAGGAAAAGAUGAUCAAAGGACAAGUGAAUUAAUGUAUGAUGUUCUUGAUGAAUCCUUACGAAGAGCCGAAUUAAAUCACAAUGUCACAUAUGCUAUUCUGUUUGAAUGUGUGCAUACAGUCUAUUCUAUUUAUCCUAAAUCUGAAUUACUUGAGAAGGCUGCCAAGUGCAUUGGAAAAUUUGUUCUGUCACCUAAAAUAAAUCUUAAAUAUUUAGGACUGAAGGCUCUUACCUAUGUUAUUCAGCAGGAUCCUACUCUGGCUCUUCAACACCAGAUGACAAUAAUUGAAUGUUUAGACCAUCCUGAUCCCAUUAUUAAAAGAGAGACACUGGAACUUCUUUACAGAAUUACUAAUUCACAGAACAUAACAGUGAUUGUCCAGAAGAUGCUUGAAUAUUUAUAUCAGAGCAAAGAAGAGUAUAUUAUCGUUAAUUUGGUUGGCAAAAUAGCUGAAUUGGCUGAGAAAUAUGCUCCUGAUAAUGCAUGGUUUAUUCAAACAAUGAAUGCUGUGUUUUCAGUGGGAGGAGAUGUAAUGCAUCCCGAUAUUCCCAAUAACUUUCUAAGACUGCUAGCAGAAGGUUUUGAUGAUGAAACAGAAGAUCAACAAUUAAGACUUUAUGCAGUUCAGUCUUACCUUACUUUAUUAGAUGUGGAAAAUGUGUUCUAUCCACAAAGAUUUCUUCAAGUUAUGAGUUGGGUUUUAGGGGAAUAUUCCUACCUCCUAGAUAAGGAAAAACCAGAGGAAGUUAUUACCAAGCUAUAUAAAUUACUUAUGAAUGACUCCAUUUCUUCAGAAACAAAAGCCUGGUUAAUUGCUGCUGUGACCAAGUUGACACCCCAAGUGCACUCUUGUAACAUAGUUGAGAAAUUAAUCCAGGAAUUUACUGUAUCUUUAGAUACUUGUAUGAGACAGCAUGCAUUUGAAUUAAAACAUUUGCAUGAGAAUGUUGAACUUAUGAAGAGCCUGCUUCCAGUUGAUAAAAGUUGUGAAGACAUGGUGGUAGAUGCUUCCUUAUCUUUUCUGGAUGGUUUUGUGGCUGAAGAACUCAGUCAGGGGGCAGCACCUUACAAACCUCACCACCAAAGGCAGGAGGAAAAGCUUUCUCAGGAAAAAGUUCUCAAUUUUGAACCAUAUGGACUCUCUUUUUCUUCAUCUGGCUUCACUGGACGACAGUCUCCUGCUGGCAUUUCUCUUGGUUCAGAUAUAUCUGGGAAUAGUGCGGAGACAGGACUGAAAGAGACAAAUAGCUUGAAGCUGGAAGGCAUAAAGAAACUGUGGGGGAAAGAGGGCUAUCUUCCCAAGAAGGAAAAUAAAACCGGUGAUGAAAUUGAAGCUCCAGCUGUUCCUCAAGAGAGUAUAAUAAUCGAAAAUGUAGAUCAAGCUAUAACAAAAAAGGAUCAGUCUCAACUCCUUACCCAAUCUAAAGAGGAGAAAGAAAAGUAUCUUUUGGCAUCAUCAUUAUUUGUUGGCCUGGGAUCAGAAAGUACAAUUAGUUUGCUAGGAAAAGCAGAUACCACCCCUCACAAGUUCAAAAAGAAAUCAAAAGUCAAGGAAACCAAAAGUGAAGAAACAACCAGUGUUCAGAUUACAGCUUGUUCUUCCUUUAGUUCUUCGUCAGAUGUGACUUACGAAGAAAGUUAUUAUUUGGGUAAUUUGCCGGACAGAGGAGACAAAGAUUUAAGGAAACUUCCUCUCAAUUCAGAACUUUUGGAUUCUGAGUCACUCAAAGAACAACGCUUGGUUGAAAAACUCUCAAAUUGUAGGCUUUCUACUCCUUCUUUAUUUGCUGAUAGUAAUAUGGAAGUUUUUCACUCUCCUGAAUCCACUGCAGUUGCCAGUGAAAUCUCUUUAGCUGCUUCUUUGUUGGAAGAAGCAACUGAACACAUGUACUCAGAUCUUACGGAGGUGUGUAAUAAUGAAACUAUAUCAGUGUCUUCUUACAAAAUUUGGAAAGACGAUUGUUUACUGAUGGUUUGGUCACUUUCUAAUAAGAGUGAUUUAAAGUUGGAAAGUGCUAACUUAGAAAUUUCUCCUGCAGAAAAUUUCAAGGUCACUGAGCAGCUUGGAUGCCUCUUGCCUGUGACAGAAGCAGAAAGCAUCAAAAACUUCCAGUAUAGUGUGCAGAUGGAAAAACCUUUUACAGAAGGGAACCUUUCCGGUUUUAUAAAUUAUCAAAUGAUGGAUACUCAUUCUGUUCAGCUUGAAUUUUCAGUAAAUUUAUCACUGUUAGAUUUCAUUAGACCAUUAAAAAUCUCGACUGAAGACUUUGGCAAACUGUGGUUAUCCUUUGCAAAUGAUGUGAAGCAAAAUGUAAAAAUGUCAGAAUCUCAAGCUGCGCUGCCUUCUGCCCUAGAGACCUUACAACAGAAACUAAGAUUUCAUGUUGUUGACAUUAUAGGUAAUGAAGGGCUUUUGGCCUGUCAGCUGCUCCCAUCCACCCCCUGCUUGCUGCAUUUCCGGGUUCAUGCUGAUGUGGUAGCCUUGUGGUUCAGAUCCUCCUGCUCUGCUCUUCCCGACUACUUACUGUAUCAGUGUCAAAAGGUGAUAGAGGGAUCCUAGCAGAAAUUCUGCUUUUAUUUUAUUUUAUAAAAGUAAAUGGUUUACAUAGAUAAACUUAUUUACCAAAGUGAAACAAGCUCAUGGUACUUCUAAUGAAAAUGGGGAUAACUACAAGUUGUGCUUUUAAGUGUUUUCUUUGAUUCCUGGUCAAGAAGGAUCCCCGAGAAAUUGUAUCCCUAAUCUUUUACUCAGGAUUGUACAGUAUGUUUGGGUCCCAAAAAAGUGACCUAAGCUAAUGUUAUAAACUGUAAUUGAUUUAUAUAUCACUUAGUGUAGAGGGACUAAAAAUAAUUUAUUUUGUUAUAAAUAAUUUUAUAGCAAAUUUAUCCUACUGCUAGCUGACCUGUAGGGAAGCCAACUCUUCGUUCUCUGCAUUAGUGAAAGAUAAACAUGGAAUUGAUAAUCCCAAAAAUUGAAUUCAUAUUGGUCUUUCGGAUGUGGUAUAUGAUUUUUGGUAGAAAGUUACUAUCAAUUAUAUUUUGCUUAAGUUGGUGUUGAACUAUUUUGGCACAGCACACACUACUAAUAGUUCAGGAAAUCUGUGAGCAUGUUGGAUAUUUGGGGGAAACCAAUCUGAUAUAUGAUAUAGUUUUUGUUACAGAUACCUUAUUUCACAUAAUUACAGAUAAUUUGCCUAUAAAAUUUGUUUCCCACUUAUAUUUAUUUUUAAAAAUCAAAGCGAACUACUGUGUUCUUACUUAAAGCCAUUUACAAAAUACUAUCAUAGAGAAACAAAACCCUUAAGAGCACACAGUACUAAAGCAAACAGAUACAAAAGAACUUUUUCAUUAAGUCAGAUCCUUGCCACUUAGAUCCUUUUGGCAAAUUAGAAUUUGUGAUUACAAUGUAAGUGGCAAAACUAUCUUUCCUAGCUUUUGAAUCUAAUACUCACUGGAUACCACUAAAGUAACUAAGUACAUGACAGUAAAAUAUAUUAUUUUCCUGUUAUAGUUGCAUCUAUGUGGCCUCUGUCAAAACUGUUAUUAGCAAGCGUAAAGAGUAAGCUAAUAUGAAUGAUGCACCACACUCUUGAGAUUAUGCAUUUAAUGUUGAAAACUGAGAAAGUAUUUUAUAAAACUUUAUGGUGCUGUGGAAAAUAAUUACUCACUUUUUUCUGAUACUUCACCAUGGAGUCUAUUCAGGUAAUACAGUUUAAAGUCAUUGCAUUUAAUACUUUGGUUAAUUGGUACUUUUUGCCACCUAGGUGAAUUCUGGUUUUAGGUUAUCUCAUUAAUCUUAUCUGAUAAAGAUGGUAAGGGAAUUUUCCAGAGCUGAUAGAUUCAUUAGUCAUUUGUGUCUAGAGUGUUCCUCCCUAAAAACAAAAGCAGUAUUGUAAAAAUUAAAUUUUAAGUUGCUCAUUUUAAAAAAUGUAAUAAUUUCAUGCUUUCAAAAACACAGUAAAAUCUUGCUCUAAGAGCAGUGAUAAGUGAUUGGCAUUUCCUGCAUGGAAGGUUUCUCCUUUUGAAUAAAAGAUCUCCAUCCCCAAGCUCCAGCAGUGUCAUGGUAAAGGGAAUGUGCUAUUUCAGUGGUGGACUCUGGUGGCUAACCUUACCAGCUUCCUCUUUAUUCCUACCUCUGUCAGUGCAUCCCCACUCCACCUGAUUUUGCUGCUACUCUGACAAAGAGCUAGGACAUAUUUUCUCAUUUUUUAAAGGAAUGUAGCAUGUGGCAAAGGAGGUGCUCCAAUUUUUUGUGUCCUUACUUUCCUCUGUUUGCAUGGAGACUGGGUUGAGUGUGGAGAAGUGAUUGUAAGGUGCGCAGCAAACAAAUGGAUAGUUAUUUGGGAGAGGUUACCAUAAGCUGUUCUGUUGCUUUGCCACAAGGGUAUUCAUGAGGAACAGUAGCAUUUUUCAGAGAGAUAGUUGACCUACAAAACUGUCUAAUGGUGGGAGACAUGUAAUGGUAGAGUAGGACUGGAAGGAAGAUUUCAGGUCUGCUAAAGAACAUGGUACCAUUUUUGUUCUUUUUGAUCUCAACUAAAUAAAAAUAGGGUAAUGGUUUCUACUGAAAUGUUUAGUAGAAUGUUUACAACUUUUAUAUUUUUAUGAUUUUAAAAACAACAGUAAUAGAAAAGAAGUUUUAAAGAACUACAGGGCAGUAUAUAUUCUGCUUAAGCUAAAUUCAAUGUUUUAAACUCUAAGUCAGGUAUUGCCGACCUUUUUUUGCAUUGUAGAAGAUGUGACUAUGAAGUAGGAAGAAUGAUUUUCAUGGAUAGAUCAACUCCCUAUAACGUGGUCAGCUAAAAGGGCAAGUCUAGAAUAAGAGCUCUGGAGGGAUGCUCAGCUGUGUGAAUUCUAUGCCAGGCGUUCUGCUGAGAAUGGAGGUGGCAGCAGGUAUGAAUCUGAGGGAGAAUAAAAAGAAGACAGGAAAGCCUUAAGGGUAGGUGAAGCAAGAAGGAUAAGCCUCCCACCAAAAUAGACCUGUGGAGAUCAGUCUGAGGGGAAAGUAGGUCUUGAGUAAGGGUUCUUCUAAAGAACUACAGGUGGAUGCUGAGCAGUCACAAGUGCGAAUGUGCCAAGCAUGCCAAGCACAGCAUGUGCUCUGCACAGGAACGUUGUUUUGAACCAUAUUGUCAUCUACCAAAAAACUUGUGGUGAAAAUGCAGUAUUUUUUUUUUUAAUUUCAUGUCAGUGAUAUUUUAAAAUAUUUGAACUAUUUGUCUUAUUUUUUUGUGGAUAAAUGUGGUCUUUGUCUUAUGAUUGUGAGCCUCUGAAAGUGCACUGAACUUAUUUACAUGUCUUUAAGGUGUCUUGCUGUGUUAAAAUUUUAGGAGGGAAAAAUGCAAGUGACUAACAACUUAAAAGGCAUUAAUUACCUUAUUUUGCAGUUGAAUUCUGUAAUAUGAAAAAACUCAGUUAAACCUGUAAUAAAUACAAAAUGAUCUAUAUUGUUCUUUGGUCUAUACAUUUAUUAU